AUGAUGAAUUCCGCAGCCAGAGGUUAUCGUCGUGGCGUGUCGACAGACACACCGCAGAUGUCUCCGGGCUUCAGUCCUUACACUGGAUUCCUGACCCCUCCUUCACCGUACGGCGGCAUUGAGGAACGCAGGGGCUCGAUCGUGUCGCUUUCAGCUUCUGAGUACUCGGUACCAACUCCCACCUCAGAGCGAAGCCCGUUCUCAGAGGCAAGCUGGCAACAUGUCCCCUUUGGUGGCUUUCAAACACAGACAAUGUCCGGACUUCGCCAUGCUCUACCUUUGGGCACCGUGGGUCUCCCGAUGAAAACACCGACCACGGAGUACGACUGGUCUGUACCGGCCGGCAGUAUCGAAGUACCCAUGCGGAUACCGGAUAGCAUGGCUCCGAGUGCAGGAUAUCUCUCUUCUCAGAUGAACUCCUUCUCUGAAUCUGAUCACCUCACACCCACGUCGACCAAUUCCAACUGGAGUUUUUCGACCGCUCCCGAGCACUCGGAUCUGGAGUACGGUAUGACUGGGCAGCAAACAUUUUGGCAACACCCAGUACCAAGCGCACAUUCCAUAGUCGGUCAAACCAUCGCUCCUGCUGACGCUAUGGUCGGCCAUGAGGACUAUGGCCUUGUCGAUGACAACGACUCCAGCUCUUUUAUGGAGACGGAACCAUUUGAUCAUGCGACCUUCGCAACAUCCCCACAUGACAAUGCACCUAUGACGCUCCCACCUUCACCACAAGAGGUUCAAGUCAAGCAGGAGCUUGAGGCAUCUGAGGCCGAGGAGAAGUUCACAAGAUCAAUCCAUGUCUCGCCCAAGGGUGGCAAGACUGUCAAAAAAGAGCGUCGUCUCAAUGGUGUGUCCAAGCGGAGAGGUUCCAAGUCGAAGUCCCAAUUAGUAUUCAGACGUUUACACGACGGCCACAUUGACGUGGAAGGCUACGAGGUGAAUCCCGUCACUGGCAAACGAGAACCGAUCAACGGCCCCACUGUUGAAUGGAAGUACUGCGACUGGCCCGACUGUCAGAGUAGAUUUAAGAGGCCCGAGCAUCUGAAGCGACACCAGCGUAUCCACCUUGGUGUCAAGGAGCACGAGUGCCGGGUCGAAGGUUGCCCCAAGGUCUUCGAUCGUCGGGACAACUACUGGCAGCACGGUACGACCCACAUCCGCAUUCCGGGCAAGAAGGAUGGCCGCAACCCACGAUUACCCUUCUCAGAGAUGAUCAAGUACGCCGACGACACGAAGCACAUCGAGUUCCUAGAGAAGGCGUACAGGAAAGCAUGUGGGGAGGAUAUAUCGAUGGAAAGCGACGAUGAGAGCGCACACAUCGGUCGCAAGAAGCACAGUAUUCGCUGCCGUCUUUGA